AUGUCCGCAUCCUCACAACCCCACACCUUUCCUCCCGUCGCGGUCUCGUCGACUUUUCCGCAACAGAGUCUCCGCUUGCUCGAGCUGCCACCGGAGCUGCUAGAUCUGGUCGAGACACAGGUCAAGAGCCCGAGCAAGAGGAGGAAGCUGUGGUUCAAAUCUCCCGUGGCGGCGAAUACCGGUCCGACAAAGGGAGAACAACAACGGCUUACGGGAUUCAGCAGAGGUCCCAAUUCUCAGGUUACAACGGCCAGUGGAGGUGGCUUGGAAGAAGCGGGGGGAGAGGGAUUCCUCCACCUCUGCACCGACGACAAAAUCUGGGCUGUCAAGCAAGUCAGCACGAGUAACAGCGUCUAUGUCACUCAGACAUGCUACAGGCCUCAUGAACCACCUCUGCUGGGCCAUGGGGAAAAAGACCGCGACAGAGAUGGAGACACGUCUAUGACCGGGGCAGAAGAAGCCCAAGCGAUUAGCAACGGAGCCAUCUCGCAUGAUGUAGACGAGUUAACUGUGGCUGAUGGCAGGAGAGGUGGAAUCACGACGAAGGCACAGGUGAAAAAUGUUCUCGAGUUAAUCGAGGUCGAACCGGAUGGACGAGAGGUUGAGAGGAGGAUUCUUGAUAUGAUUCCCGUAUACCAUGACACGGACGAUGAUGCUGACCUCCUUGAUCAGGACGGUCUAGGCAAUGGACGCAGUCUUCACGGACUGGAAUCGGUGUCAUUAAAGGAUGUGCUUGACAACAUCCCUGCCCCGAAAAGGCUUAUCCAGGAUACGAUGAGGAAGUGGUUCAUCUUCGCCCUUCCACAGCUGACGACACAAAAGAGCGAAAGGCCAAGGGAAGCAGUAUACAUCCCCACCACGACGCUGCUUUUACGGCAUUGGAGAGAAUUCCUGCAACAAUGCACCAUAUCAGGUAUCAACAUCGAGAAGAAUGACGGUGUUCUGCGAGGGAAAGACCUCCGUGCUAUGCUCGAUGAAUUGAAAGAAGCUGAAGCGACAGACGAAGGACGCUCUUUAGCUCUGAAUGUCACAGUGGCUAUCUUACGCCGGUUCACGCAUGCGGUGGAAGAUGGCAGCGACACCGUGCACCGCGAUCUUCCCACACUGCUCGAUCCAAAUCUGAGUCUGGAUUCGGUAGACGAGGAGCACCCGCCCAGCGCAAGACUGAAAUUCAACCCUAAUCUCAGCCGAGAGCUCGUCGGACGCUGGCUCCUGUUGUCACACGCGCGGAAACAGGCUUCUUCGCUUCCGGACUCUUUAGAGUCGCAUGGUCAAGGGAGAAUCAUCCGCCUCGACAAUUUCGUUAACGAGUGGGCGCAGCUCCUCCCAGAUUCGUGGGCAGUCCAAUGCGAUGUCCCUCGUCUGAUCUCAUCGAUCCAUGGCGUAGACGUGAUCAAAGACGGAGAAGGGGUCGAGGUCCUAACAUUCGCUUCGGGCCACCCUGCUUCGGAGGCAGCGGGUGCUUCUUCGUCACAUCUUCCUUUUUUCGCCGCCGGUGGCGAUGGUGGUGUUGGCCUCUCAAAAGACGCGCAGAGCCAGAAUCAGAAAAAGAGGAAAUGGCACGAGAAAUUCGGCGCCCAGAGGUCCGCUCCUGCAGUGAGAAAGUGA